AUGAAGUGGUUGCUUCUGUGUUUACAUCUUUUUUUCUUUCAUUUUCCAUUUUCCUCGUCAUGUCAUCCUUAUGAGAAUUAUGCUUUGCUUCAUUUCAAGUCCUCAUUCACUCUAAGUACCGCUUAUUAUCCUUGUAAUGAAUCUCCUAUGAAAACAACAACAUGGCAAAAUGGGAGUGAUUGUUGCUCAUGGCAUGGUGUCACAUGUGACACCAUCUCUAGUCAUGUGAUUGGCCUCAAUCUUGGCUGUGAAGGCCUUACAGGUAUAUUAUAUUCUAACAGUUCCAUUUUUCAUCUUUCUCAUCUCCAAACACUCAAUCUUUCUUCCAAUUAUUUCUCCAAUGUUUCUUUUGGCUCCCAAUUUCAUUCUAAGUUUGGUGGAUUUCAGAGUCUCACUCAUCUUGACCUGUCUAACUGUGAUUUUCAAGGUGAAGUUCCUCCUCAAAUAUCACAUCUUUCUAAAUUAACAUUACUUCGUCUCUCUGACAAUAGUGAGUUAAUUUGGAAAGAAACCACUUUGAAGAGACUUGUGCAAAAUGCAACAAAUUUAAGGGAGAUGUUUUUGGAUGGCACAAAUAUGUCUUCAAUAAGACCAAACUUCCUUAGUUUUCUCUUCGAUCAUUCUUCCUUUUUGGUUACUCUUAAUCUCAAAAAUUCAAGAUUAAGGGGUGACUUCAAACAAAGCAUUCUCUGCUUACCAGCUAUUCAUGAGUUAUAUAUGUCAAAAAAUAACCUUACCGGCCAGCUUCCAGAAUUCGGUUGCAGUAACUUUGUUAGACUUUUGGAUUUUUCAUUUAAUGGUUUUCAAGGACACAUUCCUCUGUCAUUUUCUAAUCUCACAUCUCUUACUUAUCUAAGUUUAACGGGAAACUCUCUUAACGGUGAACUUCCGUUAUCAAUUUCAAACCUUCAACAUCUCAUUUUCUUAGACCUUUCAUCCAAUUCAUUUAUCGGUCAGAUCCCAGAUGUGUUUGGUGGGAUGACCAAAAUACGAGAACUCUAUCUAUAUUUAAACAAUUUAGAAGGACAAAUUCCUUCUUCGUUAUUUAAUUUGAAUCAACUUGUGACAUUAGAUUGUUCUGAUAAUAACUUGGUGGGGCCCCUAAUCAACAGAAUUUCAGGUUUUAGAAAACUAACUUAUUUGAUUUUACAUAACAACUUAUUAAAUGGAACAAUUCCUUCCUCCUUGUUAUCCUUGCCUCGUUUAGAAGUAUUACAUCUAGCAAACAAUCGACUGACGGGACCUAUCAGGGCAAUCUCAUUGUAUUCCUUAGAAGAGCUUUAUCUAUGCCAAAAUAAGCUACAAGACAAUAUUCCAAAAUCACUUUUUAGCCUUCCAAACAUUACUAUACUUUGUCUAUCAUCAAACAACUUAACCGGAGUUGUUGAUUUUCACCACUUUUCUAAACUUCAAAAUUUGCAUUCUUUGUCCCUUUCACAUAAUAGCCAAUUAUCACUAAAAAAUGAAUCCAAAGUCAAUUACAAUUUUUCUGAACUAAUUUUAUUGGAAUUGUCUUCUUUGAGUUUGAAUGAAAUUCCCAUAUUUUUAAAAAAUUGUCCAAGAUUGUAUUCUCUUGACAUGUCCAAUAACAAAUUGAAUGGAAGAGUGCCUGAUUGGUUACUUGAAACAAUGAAUUCAAUUGGAUUUUUGAAUCUCUCUCAAAACAUGUUCACAUCAAUAGAUCAAAUCUCAACAAGUAGCUACCGGCUUGGUUCCCUUGAUCUUAGUUUAAACUUACUACAUGGUGAACUUUCUUCUUCAAUUUGCAACAUGAGUUCCCUACAAUAUCUCAAUCUUGCACAGAAUAAAUUGACAGGUACCAUUCCACCAUGCCUUGUUAGUUUAUCGUCUCUUCGAGUUUUGGAUCUACAAAUGAACAAUUUUUAUGGAAUUUUGUCAAAUAAAUUUUCAAAGGACAGUCAACUUCUUAAUUUGAACCUUUAUGGCAACCAAUUAGAAGACCAGUUGCCAAAGACUUUGUCCCAUUGCAAAAAUCUGGAAGUUUUAAAUCUUGGUAGCAAUAGAAUUGAGGACAAUUUUCCUUAUUGGCUUCAAACUCUGGAAAAUUUGAAAGUGUUGGUUUUGCGAGACAAUAAGUUGCAUGGCCCCAUUUCUAAUCUAAGGACCAACUAUUCAUUUCCCAAUUUAAUGAUUUUUUAUAUCUCAAGCAAUAACUUCAGUGGCCUACUUCCAAGAGAAUUAUUUAAAAAGUUUGAAGCCAUGAAGGAUGAGGAUGCAAGAUUUUCAUAUAUGGAAGAGUCGUUGAAUUUUUACAGUCAGCUUAGUAUUAUAUGGUACUACGAUUCUGUGACCUUGAGGAUUAAGGGGAUCAAUUCCAUAUUGGUGAAAAUUUCAACGAACUUUGCAACUAUUGAUAUGUCAAGAAAUAAAUUUGAAGGAGAUAUUCCAAAUGCUGUUGGAGAGCUUCAUGCACUUAUAGGACUUAACCUUUCCCAUAACAGACUCAGUGGUAGUAUUCCUCGAUCCAUGGCAAAUUUGAUAAAUUUAGAAUCUUUGGAUCUCUCAUCAAAUAUGAUCACCGGUGUUAUUCCUGCAGAAUUAUCCGAUUUGAAUUUUCUUGAAUUCCUGGAUGUUUCUAAUAACCAUCUUGUGGGGGACAUACCUCAAGGAAAACAGUUCAAUACAUUUUCAAAUGAUUCAUUUGAAGGAAACUUGGGAUUAUGUGGAGUACCCUUGUCAAAGAAAUGUAGACCUGAACAACAUUCCCCAUUUUCACCCAACAAGUUUUGGAGUGAAGAGAAAUUUGGAUUUGGAUGGAAACCAGUGGCAAUUGGAUAUGGAUGUGGAUUUGUGUUUGGGAUAGGCCUUGGAUAUUGCAUGUUUCUAAUUGGAAAACCAAGAUGGCUUGUGAUGAUAUUUGGUGGCCAACCAAAGAGAAAAGUGAGAAGAAGAACAAGAGUGAGGAGAACUAAUCAUUCAAACAUGAAUCAAAUGAUACAAAUGUCAUAGU